GUGGCGAUGAAGAAUAUAUUUACAUGAACAAAGUGACUGUCAACAAACAGCAGGGAGACCAGGAGAACCAAGACAAAGCACUGGAUGGGAGAGCCUCCUUGACCAAUGGAGACUUGGGACUACAUUCAUCCCCUCCUCAGAAGAGCCUGCCGGAGCUGCCCCCUCCAAAGGUAGGUAUUCCCGACACAAAACAACCUUUGGUCCCCAAGAUCGAAUCCCCGGAAGGAUACUAUGAAGAGGCCGAUGUCUCUCUAAAUGAAGAUGGUGAAGCCGUCAGUAGCUCCUAUGAAUCUUACGAUGAAGAAGAGAGCAGCAAAGGCAAGUCAGCAACCCACCAGUGGCCAUCCACAGAGGCCACCAUCGAGCUGAUGAAGGACGCCCGUAUCUGUGCAUUCCUAUGGAGGAAGAAGUGGCUGGGACAGUGGGCGAAACAGCUGUGUGUCAUCAAGGACACCAGGCUGCUGUGCUACAAGAGCUCCAAAGACCACAACCCUCAGCUGGAUGUGAAUUUGCUGGGUUGCACUGUCAUUCACAAGGAAAAGCAAGUGAGGAAGAAAGAGCACAAGCUGAAGAUCAUCCCCAUGAACGCUGAUGUCAUCGUGCUGGGGCUGCAGAGUAAAGACCAGGCAGAGCAGUGGCUCAGGGUAAUCCAGGAGACCAGCGGUCUGCAGUGCGAAGGAGGCAGUGAAGGCAACCAGUACAUCCCAGAUUCGCAGCGCCUCACUUACCCGAAGGUGGAGCUCUCCGAGAGGUACUCUGCAGCCUCAGAGAGUGGGAGCAGCACAGACGGGCAUGCAGAGACGGCUGAGACAAAAGAUGUUAAGAAGAAAGGGACAACUGGCCUAAUACUAAGCAACCUGAUGAACCUUGGGAGGAAAAAAUCCAGCUCCAUGGAUAGCCCAGAGAGAUCCCUGGAGACCUCAAGUUACCUGAAUGUGCUUGUGAACAGCCAGUGGAAGUCUCGCUGGUGUCAGAUAAAAGAUGGUCACCUCCAUUUCUACCAGGACAAGAACCGAAGCAAACUGGCUCAGCAGCCCCUAAGUUUGGCGGGUUGUGAAAUUGUCCCAGACCCAAGCCCUGAUCAUCUCUAUUCCUUCCGCAUCCUGCACAACGGGGAAGAACGGGUCAUUCUGGAGGCGAAGUCCUCGGAGGAAAUGGGCCACUGGCUGGGCCUCCUCUUAUCAGAGUCAGGCUCAAAAACAGACCCGGAGGAAUUUACCUAUGACUACGUGGAUGCUGACAGAGUCUCCUGCAUCGUGAGCGCUGCGAAGAACUCCUUCUUCCUAAUGCAGAGGAAAUACUCCGAGCCCAACGCAUACAUCGACAACCUGCCCAAGGGGAGGAUGCCGCAGGAGGAGCUCUACGACGACGUGGACCUGCCGGACAUGCCCGAGGGAGAAGUACCCAAGAGCAACAGCAAACUGGAGGGGGACCAAGACAGGGUGUACCUGGAUCUCACCCCGGUGAAGUCCUUCCUGCACUGCGCUGGCAAGAAGUCGUGCCAGACUUCACCCCUGAGCUCGCCGUCUCUAGAGAGGCCUGGCACCAAGGCUGCCACCGACAGCGUGGAUGAGACAACCCCGGUGGCUAAGGACGCUGAGCCCUGUGGAACGGUGAUGGAGACCUCAGAGCAGAAACAGCCAGAGAAGCUGGAGCCCGAAGAGCUGCCGCCCCAGACGCCCCCCGUCAAAACCCAGGCGCAGCAGCAGAACGUCGCCUUCCCGCAGACAGCCCCCGAGCUGCCCGCGGGGUCGGCAGCGGUGGUGGGCAGCCCCCAGCUGGCACCCGCACACCGGCCCAAGCUGCCCCUGCCAGUGGCAGCAGUGGAGACCAAGCUGGGCAAGAACAGGACAGAGGCCGAGGUGAAGCGGUUUACGGAGGAGAAGGAACGGCUGGAGAAGGAGAAGGAGGAAAUCCGAGCUCAGCUCACCCAGCUGCGCAAGGAGAGGCGGGAGCUGAAGGAGAUGCUUGUGGGAUGCACAGACAAGAGCCUGGAGCAGAAGCUGAAGGAGAUAGAAGAAGAGUGCAAGAAAAAGGAGAGCCGAAGGGUGGAUGUGGAGCUGAACCUGGUGGAGGUGAAGGAGAACCUGAAGAAGGCAGAGUCCGGCCCCGUGACGCUGGGCACCACGGUGGACACCACGCACCUGGAGAACGCAGCACCCCGGGUAGGUGGGGGCGCCCCAGUGCGCGCGGUGGCUCCAGGAAACAGCGCGGAGAGCUCACCAGUCAACUCAGCUACGGCUUUGAAAAACAGGCCUUUGUCCGUCAUGGUGACAGGGAAGGGGACAGUCCUACAGAAAGCUAAGGAAUGGGAGAAGAAGGGCGCUAGUUAG